CACUCUAACACUCUGACCGUUUCCUCUUCACAAGCUUGCAGUUGCCGGAGAAGGGAGAUUUCCAUGGCGUUACCGGUCGUCGAUACUGAGUACCUCAAGGAGAUCGACAAAGCUCGCCGCGAUCUCCGUGCUCUCAUCGCCUUCAAGAACUGCGCUCCCAUCAUGCUCCGCUUAGCAUGGCACGACGCAGGAACUUACGAUGUCAACACGAAGACUGGUGGACCUAAUGGCUCCAUAAGGAACGAAGAGGAGUUCUCUCAUGGCUCCAAUAAUGGCCUCAAAAUUGCUCUUGAUCUUUGUGAAGGAGUGAAGGCUAAACGUCCAAAGAUUACAUAUGCAGACCUGUACCAGCUUGCAGGUGUUGUAGCAGUUGAAGUCACUGGAGGCCCAACAAUUGACUUCGUACCGGGUAGAAAGGAUUCAAAUGUAUGCCCCAAGGAAGGUAGACUUCCAGAUGCUACAAAAGGUGUGCCCCAUCUGAGGGAAAUCUUUUACCGGAUGGGUCUGUCUGACAAGGAUAUUGUAGCACUGUCAGGGGGCCAUACUCUGGGAAGGGCUCAUCCUGAGAGGUCAGGUUUUGAUGGCCCUUGGACCCAGGAACCUCUAAAGUUUGAUAACUCAUACUUUGUGGAGCUUCUGACCGAGGAAACAGAAGGUCUUUUGAAACUUCCAACAGACAAGGCUUUACUUGAGGACCCUGAGUUCCGCCGUUACGUUGAACUCUAUGCAAAGGAUGAGGACGCAUUCUUUAGAGAUUAUGCGGCAUCACAUAAGAAACUAUCAGAACUUGGAUUUACUCCACGUUCCUCUAGCACCAAGCCAAUUGCGAAGGAUUCCACCAUACUGGCACAAAGUGCUGUUGGAGUGGCUGUCGCUGCUGCUGUGGUGAUUCUAAGCUACUUCUAUGAAGCUCACAAACGAAUGAAGUGAACAGUGCCACUUAAUAUUCUCUUUCUAAAUAUUGUUUCUGCCACCCUAUCGAUUAGCAGAAUUGGGUCAUAUUAACAAGCAAGCUGUCUAUUUCUUGUUUCUAUCUCAUAAUGUUGACUCAUAGGGGUCAUAUGAGUGCCACCUAAAUACUUUUGUUGGAAGAUGGAUAUGGUAUUAUAGAAUACUGUCUCUGGCCUGAACUUCAUAAAUAAAAUGCAAUUGAUAUUAGAUGUGAUAUCUCUUAUCUAUUCUGAAUGUACUCAAGAAUGUUUCUCUCACUUCAAUCUAAACACUCGCAGUAAAUUUAAAUUUCGUAG